AGCUAGCCGUGACAUAUAAAAAUCCAAUGGCAGGAUCUCCAGGUUUCGUUGGCUCCUUGUCGUGGCCACAAAGUCGCCAUGGCAGUGGAAGGAUGCUUCCCCUUGCCCCUCGCUCCUUCCCUCUUGCUCCUUCCCCUCGUUCCUCGGCGCCAUUCCAUGCAGGAAAGGGGAUCAUGGCCAUCCGAUGCCUCGCUCCGUCAGGGAUCGACGCGCUGCCUUUAAGCUUGCAGGCAGCAACCUUCGUCUCUAUCUUCGCUGGACUUGGCCUGGGGACUGCGUUGCUCAGCGGCCCAACCUUCUCAGCUGUCGAAAGAACGCUCCCUAAGGGGUGGUUCUCGUCAUGGAAGAAAACUUGGCCUCUCCUUGGCCUUGUGUAUGUUCUGGCAGGUGUAGCACACUUCACAGCUAAGGAUGCCUUCCUCGCCAUCUACCCUCCCUUGGGAACCUGGGGGUUGUGGUUUCUUCCUGGUUCGGCCGAGUUUCAUGUUGCGUGGACGGGUGUGGCGGAGGUCUUGGGAGGAAGUGGCUUGCUGUUGGGAGGCACGAUACAAGCUCUUGGUAGGGAAGACCUGCUGCCAAAUUCCAUGAAGGGAGUGAAGUAUGCCAGUGCUCUCGCACUGUUCCUGCUCACCCUCGCUGUCACUCCUGCUAACAUAUACAUGUACACUCACGGUAUCCCAAC